AUGCUCUUUCCAAUGUACGCAGUCUCCGUACAGCAGUUGCUGAAAAUGACCGAGGUUCGGCCACACGAGAUCUUGAAGGCCGAGGCCAUUGUCGUUGAGUAUGAGGAAAGUUAUGGGAAGGUCGCAUUCAUCUCGCAUGAGUGGGUUGGCGAUGAUCAUCCCGAUCUUGACGGCAAGCAGUUGCGUGUUCUUCAGAACGCCGAGCGCUACAUGAUUUCUGACUCGCGGCUAAUUCCAGCUGAGGUCAUGUGCAAGAAGGAGGCACUUUCCACUUCGUGUUUGAGAAGGCAACCCCUAUACCUCUGGUACGAUUUUUUCUGUUGCCCACAGCUCGGCAAACAGCCCUCGCUCUCAAAUUCAGACCUCUCAAGUCCAGAGAGCGAGCUAUCCAUGGCCGUCACCAGCAUCCCUGCCUACGUGGCAAAGUGCUCGUUUUUCCUUGCGCUGUGCCCCAUCAUUGUGAGCGAGGAGCUGGGGAAGGUCUUCUCUCCGCAGACAUGGGCAGAGCGGGGAUGGUGUCGCAUGGCAUCUGGACCGGCCCUCUUAGAAACUUUUGUUCGUUGGUUCAUGAUCAAGGGCAACACAGACAUUGAGCUCGUGUCAUCUUUUGGCGGCACGAUUUGGGGAUCGCCUGGUUCUGGCAAAUUCACAGUAAGCAGUGAUCGCAUGAAGCUGGCACCAGUUUUGAGCAGUGCUGUGAAGCACAAACUACUUUCCCUGCUGAAGUGCCUCAAUCUGCAGGAGUACCGAGUUUUGCUGAACAGGCAGAAGAUCAUCAUGAAAGGUCUUCCGGCGCAAAAGCUGGUCGAGCCAUGUCCUGGCCGGCCAGCUUGCGCAGGCUUAGAUGCUGAGUCCCUUGCAGUGUCUGCCUUUAUGUAUCAAAAUGGUUUCGAGCUAGUGCAGGAGGUUGACGAUGCCGGAUGGUCACCGCUACACUAUGCUGCGCUGGCUGGCAACACGCGGGUGGUUCAAGGUUUGCUAGCGCAGCGGGCGGACCCUGACUGCCAGACGCGGCAUGCACAGCCCAUAGUGGGGACACCACCAGGUACGACCGCGCUAGGCAUUUCAGUCCUUUCCCAUCACAAUGAUGUUGCGCGGUUGCUGAUCAUAGCAAGGGCUACGAUUGACUUGGGCUUAGCUCCUCCCUUGCACUUCGCCGCCCACGCAAACAACUCAGAAGGCAUUCGCGUUUUGCUAGAUGCUGGCUAUGACCCUUGUACCAGGGACUUUGCCGGUCUCCAUGCCUUGGCUGCCGCUUGUACGUUUGGCUCAAUGGAUGCAUUGGAUGAGCUGGUCUCAAGGGCGCGGCCAUCCAUCAAGCCUUGA